UAAAUGUUUUGCUGAGUAAACGGCAAUGGCGGAAGUACAUGUUAUAGGUGAAAUCAUCGGUGCAAGCGGGUUCCCCUCACAUAAUUUAUACUGCAAAUGGUCUGUCCAUGUUGACGGUUUGUGGAAACUUUUAGCUGGACAAAAAGAGGGCCAAACGCAAGUGGACAACCCCCAGAACGAGGAUUGUGCGCGAUGGUGCCAUCCCAUAGACUUGCAUUUUGCGACCAAAGGACUGAAAGGAUGGCCAAAGUUUCAUUUCCAAGUUUGGCACCAAGACUCUAAUGGACGAAACGAGAUUUAUGGUUAUGGUUACUGCCAUGUGCCAACAUCACCUGGAACUCACAACGUUGAUUGCGUGACAUGGCGACCUCUCAGUUCGAGCAAGUCAGAACAGCUUCGUAGCUUUUUUGUCGGUGGUGCACCACAGUUAAAGACUUCAGAUGUUAUCUACACUGGUGGAGACCGAUAUAAAUUGAGAACGAUUGCCAUGGGUUCGAUACAUUUGCAAUUAGGCGUGAUAACGAGAAACUUUGAUAAAUUUGGGGUAGAAUGUUAAUAUAAAUAUUUUGUUAUGUUUUAAAACAAAAUAAUUGACUUUACAUCUUGCCAAUAUUGGACGAAACUAAGAUUCAAAGCUUAGCUUCCUCUACCAGCUGCAGGGCUACUUCAAAAUCGCAAGCUGAGGAAAGUGUUUCAACCAAAAGUUAACUUUUGCACACAUGCUUCAUUGUAGUUGUUGUAAACACAAUCUAUAAAUAAGCCUACCGUGGUCUAUCAAUCCACCAAGGGUAUCUACAAGGAAGAUUUAUUACUCUCAAAAAGUCGCUGAAAGCCAAACUGUAAUCGUGAUUUAUUUAAACUGUUGCAUAGCUGUAAUAAAUACAGUAGACAGUGUGCACUUCUUUGGUUGAAAACGUUCAAAAUAUUGAUGUUGUUUCAGUUUUACCAGUUAAUGCUGAAUCAAACACUAUCCUAAAACCUGUUAUGUCCUUGAUAAAGGCUAAAAGCCCUAAAGCUCUAAAAAUUAUAACUGAUAUUUACAGUAAUAUUCUGUUGUAUUUAACGACUACUCACCAAAGUGGAGGUCACUUGUGGUGGAUAUUUUCAGAGGAAUAAAGUGACAAAGUAAAUAUCCACUGCAAACCACCAACACUGAGGUGAAUAUUUGUUUCAGUAUAUACUAUACUUUACUCUUCCUGCAACAAUUACACUAUUUUCAAAUUCUCCUUGUCAACAACAAAAAUGUGUAUUGAGAGGAGUAUGGAGAAUAACUUAGGAAUAUUGACAUUAAAAGAUUGUCCAGGGUUAGUGCUUGAACCAAA